CAACUAAAACAGAAAAUUAUUCCCCAAGCUAGCUAUAAAAGCGAUCCCUAGUACUCUCUUCCUUAUAGUUGCUGCUGCGAUCGAGCGAAUAUCCCAAAUUGAAACAAACAAUGGCGGGAAUGAGAACAAGAGGAUGCUUCUUCGAGACAACAGAGGGCGUAAAGACGAUUACAACCUUCGAGGAGAUGGGAUUCAAAGACAAUUUACUCCGUGGAAUCUACCAAUUCGGUUUCGAUAAACCAUCGCCGAUUCAACAGCGCGCCGUUCUGCCUAUCAUUCAGGGUCGUGACGUCAUCGCUCAGGCUCAAUCUGGUACCGGCAAAACCUCCAUGAUUGCUCUAACUGUUUGCCAGCUUGUCGAUACCUCCGUCAGAGAGGUGCAGGCCUUAAUUGUGUCUCCGACGAGGGAACUGGCUUCACAAACUGAAAGAAUUAUAUCGGCUAUUGGGGAUUUUGCAAACGUACAAGCGCAUGCUUGUGUUGGAGGUAAAAGUGUGGGAGAAGAUAUAAGGAAACUUGAACACGGAGUUCAUGUGGUGUCUGGAACUCCUGGUCGAGUAUGUGACAUGAUCAAGAGGAGAACAUUGCGCACAAAAGCUAUCAAGUUGCUAGUUCUGGAUGAAUCUGAUGAAAUGCUGAGCAGAGGAUUUAAAGAUAAAAUUUAUGAUGUGUAUAGAUAUCUCCGACCCGAUCUUCAGGUUUGCUUGAUCUCUGCUACGCUGCCUCAUGAAAUUUUGGAGAUGACAAAUAAGUUUAUGACAGAUCCUGUCAGGAUCCUUGUAAAACGUGAUGAAUUGGCGUUGGAGAGCAUCAAGCAAUAUUUUGUUGCGGUUGAAAGGGAGGAAUGGAAGUUUGAUACUCUUUGUGAUCUUUAUGAUCAUGUUACCAUCACUCAAGCUGUUGUAUUCUGUAACACCAAGCAAAAGGUGGACUGGUUAGCUGAAAAAAUGCGUAACAAUAAUUUCACCGUCUCAUCAAUGCACGGUGACAUGCCUCAAAGAGAAAGAGAUGCGAUUAUGGGAGAAUUUUGUGCUGGAACAACCCGAGUAUUGAUAACAACCGAUGUUUGGGCUCGUGGCCUUGAUGUACAGCAGGUUUCGCUAGUUAUUAAUUAUGAUCUUCCCAAUAAUAGAGAGUUGUACAUUCAUCGGAUAGGCCGUUCUGGACGUUUUGGGCGCAAGGGUAUUGCAAUAAAUUUUGUGAAAAGCGAUGAUAUCAACAGCUUGAGGGACAUUGAGCAGUAUUAUGGUACUCAGAUUGUUGAUCUGCCAAUGAAUGUUGCUGAUCUUAUAUAGAAGCAAUUUAUUUUAUUCCUUUUUAUGAAACUUUGACGUUUGGUCUAUUAUAUUUAUAUUAGAUUUAUUUUUAGGGUGCUCAGCUGAACCAGAGAUAUAACGUUUUUCCCAUUGUCUUACAUUUGAAGUUAAUGUCUAAUUUUCUAUUUUUAUGAUUCAAAUGACAUGUGAUGUUUCGACUUGGUUGAUUAUUUAGUAUUUUAUGGUAUAGUUUAUACUAUAAACUUUAUAGUAUCUGUCUAUUUUAUGGUUGAUCA